CCUUCCCAGCCGCUCGCCCGCCCGCCUGACUGGCCCGGGAGCCUCCCCCAGCCCGGGCCGGGGGCCCAGGAGGGCCGAGAUGGCCUGAGUGCUCGAGGCGCGGCGGCGCAGCAGCUGGACGGCAACAUGGGAAACCAGGAUGGGAAGCUGAAGAGGAGCGCAGGUGAUGCUUUCCACGAAGGCGGCGGCGGCGGCAGCGCGGACGAUGCUGUUGGGCCCAGAGAUGUAGAAGCCACAAAGAAGGGGAGCGGGGGCAAGAAGGCUUCGGGCAAACAUGGCAAGGGGGUUGGAGGCGGCGAGCCGGGCAAGAAGAAGAGCAAGUCGGACUCCAGGGCCUCGGUGUUUUCCAACCUUAGGAUCAGGAAGAACCUGUCCAAGGGGAAAGGCGCUGGCGGCUCCCGCGAGAACGUGCUGGACUCCCAGGCCCUGCAGACCGGGGAGCUGGACAGCGCUCCGUCCCUGAUCACCAAGACUCCGGACCUCAGCCUCUCCGCAGACGAAACGGGCUUGUCGGAUACCGAGUGCGCCGACCCCUUUGAGGUGACCCGUCCAGGUGGCCCUGAACCAGCGGAGGUUGGGGUCGGGAGCCGGGCGGUCGCCGAGGAUUUGGAAACUGCGGCAGGGGCGCAGGAUGGACAAAGGACCAGUUCGGGCUCGGAUACAGACAUCUAUAGCUUCCACUCGGCUACCGAGCAAGAGGAUUUGCUCUCAGACAUCCAGCAGGCGAUACGCCUGCAGCAGCAGCAGCAGCACGGCUCCGAGGAGCUUGCAGUGCCGCACACCGCCGCCUCCCCACAGCCCGGGGCCUUCCUGGGCCUGGACCGAUUCCUGCUGGGGCGGAGCAGCGCGACCGGGGAGGCCCCGGGCAGUCCGGACACAGAGCAGGCACUGUCUGCGCUCUCGGACCUGCCCGAGAGCCUGGCCGCCGAGCCCCCGGUGCCCGAGCAACCGCCGCUUCCCAACGUCCGCGGAGCAUCGGAGGCGCCCGGCCCGCGGGUGGAUCAGCUCGCGGCCGCAGACUCGCCCUCGUCCACCGCCUUCCUGUUUCCCGAGGCCGGAGCCGGGGAGGGCGCGGCCGAAACCCCUGGGCGAGGGUCUGGGGAAACGGAUGAUGAGGGCGAGGAGGACACAUUUGAGGAUGCACCCCGAGGCUCUCCCGGGGAGGAGUGGGGCCUGGAGGUUGUUGAGGCCUCGCAGAAGCUGUGGGGAGAACCCGAGGAGGGGGCGCGCGGGCCCGGCGCGUCCGCAGCCGCCUCCCUGCCGGGCAGCCCGGCGCCCAGCCCACGCUGCUUCAAACCCUACCCUCUCAUCACCCCUUGCUACAUCAAGACCACCACGCGGCAGCUCAGCUCUCCCAACCACUCCCCGUCUGAGUCCCCCAACCAGAGCCCCAGGAUCAAAAGGCGGCUGGAGCCCUCCCUGAGCCGGGGCCCCAGAACUGCCUUCGCUUCCGCGGCCUCCGGGGCCAACAAGCACCCAGCGGACGGCGGCCUCGCAGGUGGCCUCAGCCGCUCUGCGGACUGGACCGAGGAGCUGGACGCUGGUGCGCCCAGGGAGGGAGGUUCUGCACACCUGCCGGACCGCCGGGCUGCUGCGGAUGGUGGGUUGUCUCCGGCGCUGACAACCAAGGCGUCUGGCGCACAGGCGGCUGCCGAUGGUUUCCAGAAUGUGUUCACAGGGCGGACUCUGUUGGAGAAGCUGUUCAGCCAGCAGGAGAACGGACCUCCAGAAGAAGCAGAGAAGUUUUGCUCACGGAUCAUCGCCAUGGGUCUUCUGCUUCCUUUUAGUGACUGCUUCAGGGAACCGUGUCAUCAGAAUGCCCAGUCAAGUUCAGCUCCGUUUGAUCACGAUCAACUUUACACCUGGGCUGCAGUUAGUCAACCCACACACUCACUGGAUUACACAGAAGGGCAGUUUCCCAGGCGAGUCCCGUCUGUUUGUCCACCAUCUAACCCUCCUGAUGAAGAACUCAGGCCCACGAGUGCUGAAACAGAAUCUCAAUCUGCUGUUUUGGAAACUCUGAAAAAUUGUUCAGAUGCUGUUCAGCAGGAAGCUGUAGACAUGAAGUCUGAGGGACAGGCAACUGUAAUUCAGCAGCUGGAACAGACCAUCGAGGAUCUGAGGAUCAAAAUAGCUGAACUGGAGAAGCAGUACCCUGCCAUGGAUAUGGAGGUGGCCAGCAGCCAUCAUGGGGUUCAGAAUGGAGAGGCACCUUCAGAAGAUGUCUGUCUUGAAGCUCUCAGGUUAGGAGAAAAGGAUGUACGGCAUCAAAGGAUUUUAGAGGCAAAGUCAAUCCAGACGUCCCCGAUAGAAGAGGGCAGGACAUUGACGCUGCCUUCUGUUAAUGCACUGCCAGAGAGUAUGGCUGAAAGUGGAAACUCAGCUGUGCCAUCCUCUCCUUCCGGACCUCAGACAAAAUUCUGUUCAGAGAUUUCUUUGAUUGUGUCUCCAAGGCAAAUAUCAGUACAGCUCGACGGGCAUCAGUCGAUUCAGCCUCCACCACCUCCAUCACUUUCACGGUCUGAUGGUCAAGGACAGGCCAGGUCACAGUCUUCCCAUCCUUCUCUUCGUACUGAAUUUGAAACCAGCCAUGAACACUCUGUUUUAUCCUCUUUUGACAACAGUCCUGACAUCCCACCCCCACCACCUCUACCUUGCACAGAGCCUUCUAGCUCCAUGCACGGCCUGGACUUGGUGGCUCCCUCACCUCCCCCUCUCCCUGGCAUCACAGGGCCUGCUCUGCUCAGUACAGCAAUCCCCCCACCGCCUACUCUGCCUGGUACAGAAAUGCUCCCACCCCCUCCCCCGCCUCUUCCUGGUGAGGGAAUACCUCCUCCCCCGCCUCUUCCCGGAGUGGGAAUACCUCCUGCCCCACCUCUUCCUGGAGUGGGACUAGGAGUGGGAAUACCUCCACCUCCUCCUCUUCCUGGAGUGGGAAUACCUCCACCUCCUCCUCUUCCUGGAGUAGGAAUACCUCCUCCCCCUCCUCUUCCUGGAGUGGGAAUACCUCCUCCCCCUCCUCUUCCUGGAGUGGGAAUACCUCCUCCCCCGCCUCUUCCUGGAGUGGGAAUACCUCCUCCUCCUCCUCUUCCUGGAGUGGGAAUACCUCCUCCUCCUCCUCUUCCUGGAGUGGGAAUACCUCCUCCCCCACCUCUUCCUGGAGUGGAAAUACCUCCACCUCCUCCUCUUCCCGGAGUUGGGAUCCCGCCACCUCCUCCUUUGCCUGGAGUUGGGAUCCCGCCACCUCCUCCUUUGCCUGGAGUUGGGAUCCCCCCACCCCCUCCUUUGCCUGGAGUUGGGAUCCCCCCACCUCCUCCUUUGCCAGGUAUGGGUAUUCCACCUGCUCCAGCUCCUCCUCCCUGUCCUGGAACAGGCAUCACCUCACCCCCACCAUCUGCUCUGCUUCCUGGAUCUGGCCCUCCACUCCCCCCACAAGUUGGGAGUAGCACUUUACCAACACCACAAGGGUGUGGAUUUCUUCCCCCUCCAUUGCCAACUGGCUGGUUUGGAUUAGGGAUGAACCAGGACAAAGGGAGUAGGAAGCAGCCAAUAGAGCCUUGUCGGCCAAUGAAGCCUCUGUACUGGACGCGAAUCCAACUACACAGUAAAAGAGACUCCAGUGCUUCACUUAUUUGGGAAAAAAUUGAAGAGCCCUCCAUAGAUUGUCAUGAAUUUGAGGAACUAUUUUCUAAAACUGCUGUGAAGGAGAGGAAGAAACCUAUUUCUGACACCAUCACAAAGACCAAGGCUAAACAAGUUGUCAAGUUAUUAAGCAACAAAAGGUCACAAGCAGUUGGAAUAUUAAUGUCUAGCCUUCAUUUAGAUAUGAAAGACAUACAACAUGCUGUUGUGAACUUGGACAAUUCUGUGGUUGACCUGGAGACUCUUCAAGCACUCUACGAGAAUAGAGCACAGUCAGAUGAACUGGAAAAAAUUGAAAAGCACGGCCGAUCCUCCAAAGACAAGGAGAACGCCAAGUCUCUGGACAAACCUGAACAGUUCCUUUAUGAGCUGUCGUUAAUCCCCAACUUUUCAGAGCGAGUUUUUUGCAUCCUGUUCCAGUCCACAUUUUCAGAAAGCAUUUGCUCAAUUCGUCGAAAACUGGAAUUACUACAGAAACUGUGUGAGACAUUAAAAAAUGGCCCAGGAGUUAUGCAGGUUCUGGGUUUGGUUCUUGCCUUUGGUAACUACAUGAACGGUGGAAAUAAGACUCGGGGACAGGCAGAUGGUUUUGGAUUAGACAUUCUUCCGAAGCUGAAAGAUGUCAAAAGCAGUGACAAUAGCAGAAGCCUUUUGUCAUAUAUCGUUUCCUAUUAUCUUCGAAAUUUUGAUGAGGAUGCUGGAAAAGAACAGUGUGUCUUUCCAUUACCAGAACCCCAGGACCUCUUUCAGGCCACACAGAUGAAGUUUGAAGAUUUUCAAAAAGAUCUCAGAAAACUAAAGAAAGACUUGAAAGCCUGUGAGGUUGAAGCGGGAAAAGUGUACCAGGUAUCCUCAAAAGAACACAUCCAGCCUUUCAAAGAAAACAUGGAGCAAUUUAUUAUUCAAGCUAAAGUUGACCAAGAGGCAGAGGAAAACUCACUGACAGAGACUCAUAAAUGCUUUUUGGAGACGACAGCCUAUUUCUUCAUGAAACCAAAAAUUGGAGAGAAGGAGGUGUCCCCAAAUGUUUUUUUCAGUAUCUGGCAUGAAUUCAGCUCUGACUUUAAAGAUUUUUGGAAGAAAGAGAACAAACUUAUUCUACAAGAGAGAGUAAAAGAAGCUGAAGAAGUGUGUAGGCAGAAAAAGGGAAAAUCACUGUAUAAAAUAAAACCAAGACAUGACUCUGGAAUUAAAGCAAAGAUAAGCAUGAAAACCUAAACAAAGAGAAGCAGAAUGAAAAUGAGUCACUCUCACCACUUCCACAACAUUCAGCUGACCUGAACCUGAAGGCAGGAAGGACAGACACUACAACAUUUUGAUCAUUUUUCUUCUUGACCUCUUGCAUAAUCUUUGUGUUUUCUAGACAGUUCACUGAUUGUUGAGUUUUACUGUACAUUCCUAUAAAAAUGCAAAAGCAGUAGACCAGUGGAGAAUUUGACACCUUUUCUUUUUGUAAAAGUUUAUGGUAUUAUACCGAUAGACCAAAACAGCAUGUGUAAGAGGCAGUAUCUGCAUUAAUUCUGAACAUGCUAAACGGUAACUAACAUUUACUUCUGUGAGAAUAUUCUUUAUCACAGUAAAACACUUUCCUUUCUACUGACAGCCAGUACUCCACAUCACUGCACUUAGAUGUAUGG